AUUAUUAAAGGUUAAACUAGUAAACUUCAGCCUUCGGGGAUCGCUAUCCAUGUUGCAAAGUUGCAGCAAACGACACUAAGAGCGCAGAGUUGACUGAAGAAGACUCAAAAGAUUGAGCGGAGGAAGAAGACUUACAAUAGUUCACUGAAGAAGACUUGCGAUAAUUAUUGUCAACAAACGCUCGGAUCAAUCUCUGGGAGGUAGAGGAGCUGUUUUGCUUUCGAAAAUCCACUCAAGACGCCCCAGCUAUGGCCUCGAGAGAUGCGGAGAAAGAGGCAAUACUACAACAGUUAGAGAAAGAAGAAGUGAAAAGAAUUGUUCUCAUUGGGGAUGCUGGAGUAGGGAAAACAUGGAUUGCAGAAGAGAUAAGUGAUUCUGCAAGCAGCAAGGGCUUAUCUUACAUGACCUUUUGGGUGUUCCUGAAUCAACAACCUGAAAGCAUGUCUUUUUAUUGUGGCAGCUCUCUUUAUGAGAAUUUUGCCCGUCAGCUGUCUCUACUUUCAGAUUUUGAGGAUUGGGAAGAAGAUAAUGUCAGUAAGGAAGAGAAGCGCGUGGAUAUGGAGAGCUUGAAAGGGGAGAUAUCAAAAGUGCUUGAAAAAAAGAGAUCUGCAACGCCUAAUGAUAAGAAGAAGUUUCUUCUCCUAAUUCUGGAUGGCGUUCCUGACACAAAGAAGGAAGAUUCCAUUCUGCCAGAUAUAAAAGAUGCUCUAAAACUGAAUGAGGAAAGUAGUCUGUAUAAGGUUUUAAUCACUAGAAGAUCAAAAGAGCCCGUGAAGGAAGCAAGUGAGAGCAAGGAAACGAAUGAAGUGACCACGGAGACAGAUCAGAGCAUCGAGAUCAAACCCUUGACUGAUCAAGAGGGUUUGACUCUACUUGAGGAAAGAGUCAAAGAAAAAGUUAAGAGGAUUGCUGGUUUUGAUAAUUUUGCCAGAGAAAUUGCCAAAAAGAGCAAGGGUCUGCCAGCUGCAAUAGUCGUGAUAGCAGAAGCCUUAAACCGCAUUGGAGAGCAUGAUUCCAAGACUCUGACAUUGGAAGGUGCUCUGAAAGAAGCAACUGACGAUGUAAAUCCACUACUGCCCUUUGCAUAUGGCAUGUUACAAAAGACUGAUAUGGUUUUGAUCAACUCCUGUCGCCAAAGCCGGCCGUUAUUUCUCAAACACGGUGGAGUUCAUUACCAUGAGCUGAUAGCUUUCUGGAUAUUGGAAGGAUGUGUAGGUGCCUUUGACCGAGUUGAGGAGGCCUAUGAAGAGGGAUAUCGCAUUUUGAUGGAGCUUGUAGAUCUCCAUAUGCUGAAAAUCCCAUAUGAUAACAUUGUUGUCAUGGACGGAUUAGCACUUACAGUUCCUGAUGAUUGUGGCGAAGAUGGAUAUGGAGGGUCAACGACGUCGAAUCUCGGACUGGCUACUGUGCUUGAGGGUGUUGAUUGGCAAGGUUUCCGGAGAAUCACACAGGCAGGUGGUAUGAUAAAAACUCCGUCCAAUAUGGAUGCGUCCCCUAUUGAGAAAAGAUGGGAAAAAGUAUCCACGCUACUCAUUGAUGGAAGGCGUCUCUACAGGGAAGUUCCUGACAAAUUCUUUGACCCAAUGCAUCGACUCCAGGUUCUUGUGAUUUUUAAUCCUACAUUCAGAUCACUACCCUCAAGCUUGUCUAAAAUGGGUGAGCUUCGUCUGCUUGUGCUCAGGGGAUGUGAUCCGUUGGAGAACAUUGAUCCCAUCAAAGGACUCAAGUCAUUGACAGUUCUUGAGAUAUCUGGUGCUACCUCCUUGAAGAACAUUCCGGAUGACGAUUUUUUUAAGAAUUUGACUCAACUGCGAAGCCUCAAUCUCUCUGCAGCCCAGAUCAGAUCGCUACCUCCUUCUGUCUCCCUCCUGAGUGAACUCCGUUGGCUCAUCCUAAGGGGGUGCUCUAGCUUUGAAACACUGCCAAAACUAAAGAAACUCACAAACCUCCAGGUGCUUGAUCUCUCUGGUGCUACCAAAUUGAAAAGAUUUGAAGACGUCACAUUGAAAUGUCUUGAGAAACUCCAAAUUCUUGACAUUUCUGAAACCCAGCUUGAACGCUUGCCAAUCCUUGGCAGUCGUGAAAAUCUUACACGACUCUCAUUAAGAUGCUGUGAAAGCUUACCUAGAUCGUCCAUGCUAAAGGGAUUGUCUAACCUCCAAAUUCUUGAUCUUUCGGGUGCUGAUAAGUUGAAGGAAAUCCCAGACGAAUCCUUGCAAAGUAAGUAUGGCCUCAAGAUCCUUAAUCUGUCUAAAACUUCAAUCAGCCAUUUACCUUUCAAGUUUGACAAAAUCUCUAGUCUUGAGUUGCUUGAUCUUUCUGGUGCCUGUAAUUUGGUGAAAAUGGAAGAUAAGUGCUUCGAUAAUCUGAGUUGCCUCCGUCAUCUUGACCUCUCCAACACCAAAUUUGAAAAUCUACCUUCGCUUUCCAACCUUGAUAAGCUUGAAGUUCUUAAUCUUUCUGGUUGUAGUGCUUUGACAAAAAUAGGAGAUGAUCAAUCUUUUGAGCACAUGACUCGCCUUCGGUGCCUCAACCUCUCUGAAACUAAGAUUGAAUGCCUACCGUCCCUUUCCAAACUUAACCUCCGUCAACUCUUACUAAGAAAGUGUAUCAGCCUAAAAGAACUUCCACCUCUGGAAUCUCUGUCGAAACUUGAGGAGCUCGAUUUAUGUGGUGCACUGCUUCUGAAAGGAACUAAAGCUGAAUUCUUGAAUGAUAUGAACCUCCUUCAGCUUCUCAACCUAUCAGGGACGGGUCUUGUGUUACCUUCCCUGUCCAAUCUCACCAACCUCACCCAGCUUUCCCUUCGAGGUUGUUCACUCUCAGAAUCGAAGCCAAAUUUGGGAAACCCUACAAAGCUUGAGGUUCUGGAUCUUUCGGAGACAAAGAUUACUUCUCUACCAUCCCUUGGAAAUCCUAGCCGUCUCCGCCAACUUAAGUUAAGGGACUGUUCAAGCUUAGGGAAGCUACCAGAUCUAAAAUUGCUGAUCCAUUUGGAGGUUCUUGAUUUGUGGGGGACCGGAAUUGAACGAUUUUUUCCCUAUGAGAUCUCAGAAUUGACUAAUUUAAAGCACCUUGAUCUGCCAGACAUGAAGGGUAUUCAAGAGCUUGAGUGGGGGAGGAUAAAGCGUGUACCGGAGGAGGUAAACUGGGUUCAGUGCGGCAUCUUCAAACACUGUCAAAAUGGGCCUUGCGUAUCGUUGAGUGCUACAGAACUUCCUACAAUUUUGAAGCACGAAUCUGAGUUAGGGGGGACAUGCUUCUCUGUUUACCUUCUUAAGGAGCAGCGUAGUGGUGGAGAUAUCUUUUGGCACAAAGUUGACCCUUCCUUGAGAAAUAUCUACUUGAAGACUCUUUCUGUUCCUGAAGAGCGUGGUCUGCUUCUGGAAAUUGUUGGAUGGCCUGAAGAGCGUGAUUGUUUUCCUGGUGUCGAGGAUGGCCUCGAGUAUAUUUCUUUGAUUGACAACAAGUUCAUAAAAUCCUUAUCUGCGGGUGUGAAGGCAAUGAAUGUUGGUGUGAUGGCAAUGAAAGGCUGUAUGGUAGAGAGGUGCACCGAAAUGGAGACCAUUUUUGGCGGCGAAGAGACAGAAGUCAAAAUGAUGCUAGAGACUUUGUGGGCGUCAAACCUUCCAAAGUUGGAGAGUGUUAUCUCCAGUGGGAUUGUGGAAUUUGGAGGCUUUCAAAAACUUACACGGUUAUAUCUAGACUGUUGCCCAGUGCUCCAAGUUGUGUUUGCUUCGCCCCAGCUGCCAGAAAACCUUGAAAUCCUCCAUAUUAAAUUCUGUGAGAAAUUGGAGACUUUGUUUUCUCCAGAUUUACAAACAGAAAGUAAACUGCGGAAAUUACAGAAACUGCAUCUUGUGGAACUUCCUGAGUUAACUAGCAUUGGAGUGCCAGAGUAUAUAUCUCCAUCUAUCCAAUCAAUCAAGGUUUGUGAAUGCCCGAAGAUCAACGAAGAAGAAAUUUCUGAAUUGCCAGUUGAAUCUAUCGCGAAUUCCAAAAUUGAAGAGUAUUGGGGUUUAACUGGCAUCUCUACAGAUUUCAGGUGCUAGGGAGUUUGUUGAAGCUCUUUCAUGGUUAAUUUGUCAAGGAAUCUGACUAGUAGCCAUGUGCAUCUUGCCCCCAUAUGUAACUUCAGUCUUCAGGUUCGUUAUGGUUUCGUUGCAUUUUGUUUACACACAAAGCUGCAUUCUGACAUCCUUGAGCGGCAAUUUUCUUUUCGUUUUAUACUAAACUCUCCGUGUUAAUAUCCCUGUGCCUCUAGAUGUAUUCUGCCAUUUUAAGCUUUUUGUGAACAAUUUGUCGUAGAAUGGACUAUUUUGCUCAUGGAGAUUAAGGUAUUGUAAACGUUGUUUGUUAUUGCUGGUUGAACUAUCAAAUGCUUGCAAUCA